UCCGCGGCUUUCCUCCACCCUCUCCCUUCCCCCGUUGGUAGGGGCUGCGGGUCCGGGCGGAAGUGGGGCAGGCGGGCGGGAGCGAGGCGUCGUCGUUGUAUAUUCAUGAGGCGCGCGCAGCCCGGCAUGCUAAUGAGGCGGGGCGCGGCGGCGGACUGAGAAGCUGCUGGGCGGCGGCGGCGGCAGCGGCGGCGGGCUUGGAGCUGCCGGGCGGGAGCGGCGUGGGCGCGGGGUCACUAGCAACGCAGACCUGGACAUGGAGCCGCCCGGCGGGGGCCUGGGACCCGGCCGCGGGACCCGGGACAAGAAGAAGGGCCGGAACCCGGACGAGCUGCCUUCGGCAGGCGGCGACGGCGGCAAAUCCAAGAAAUUUACUCUGAAGAGACUCAUGGCAGAUGAGCUGGAGAGAUUUACCAGCAUGAGAAGUAAGAAGGAGAAAGAAAAGCCCAAUUCUGCUCAUAGAAAUUCUUCUGCAUUUUAUGGGGAUGAUCCCACAGCACAGUCAUUGCAAGAUGUUUCAGAUGAGCAAGUUCUAGUACUCUUUGAACAGAUGCUGCUGGAUAUGAACCUGAAUGAGGAGAAACAGCAACCUUUGAGAGAGAAGGACAUUAUCAUCAAGAGAGAGAUGGUGUCCCAGUACUUACACACCUCCAAGGCUGGCAUGAGCCAGAAGGAGAGCUCUAGGUCAGCCAUGAUGUACAUUCAGGAGUUGAGGUCAGGCUUGCGGGAUAUGCCUCUGCUCAGCUGCCUGGAGUCCCUUCGUGUCUCCCUCAACAACAACCCUGUCAGUUGGGUCCAAACAUUUGGUGCUGAGGGCCUGGCCUCCUUAUUGGACAUCCUUAAACGACUUCAUGAUGAGAAGGAGGAGACUGCUGGAGGCUAUGACAGCCGUAACAAGCAUGAGAUCAUUCGCUGCUUGAAAGCUUUUAUGAAUAACAAGUUUGGAAUCAAGACGAUGUUGGAGACAGAAGAAGGAAUUCUGCUGCUGGUCAGAGCCAUGGAUCCUGCUGUUCCCAACAUGAUGAUUGAUGCUGCUAAGCUGCUGUCUGCUCUCUGUAUCCUGCCGCAGCCAGAGGACAUGAAUGAAAGGGUUUUGGAGGCGAUGACAGAAAGAGCUGAAAUGGAUGAGGUGGAACGUUUUCAGCCACUGCUGGAUGGAUUAAAAAGUGGGACCUCCAUUGCUCUCAAGGUGGGAUGCCUACAGCUCAUCAAUGCUCUCAUCACACCAGCUGAAGAACUUGAUUUCCGAGUUCACAUCCGAAGUGAACUGAUGCGCUUGGGGCUGCACCAAGUGUUGCAGGACCUUCGAGAGAUUGAAAAUGAUGAUAUGAGAGUGCAGCUUACUGUAUUUGAUGAACAAGGAGAAGAAGAUUCCUAUGACCUGAAGGGACGGCUGGAUGACAUUCGAAUGGAGAUGGAUGACUUCAGUGAAGUCUUCCAGAUUCUGUUAAACACAGUGAAGGAUUCAAAGGCAGAGCAGCACUUCCUGUCUAUCCUGCAGCACUUACUCUUAGUCCGAAAUGACUAUGAGGCCAGACCGCAGUACUAUAAGUUGAUUGAAGAAUGUAUUUCUCAGAUAGUUCUGCAUAAGAACGGGGCUGAUCCGGACUUCAAGUGUCGGCACCUCCAGAUUGAUAUUGAGGGACUGAUUGACCAAAUGAUUGAUAAAACAAAGGUGGAGAAAUCAGAAGCCAAAGCUACAGAGCUGGAAAAAAAGCUGGACUCCGAGUUAACAGCUCGACAUGAGCUCCAGGUGGAAAUGAAAAAGAUGGAAAGUGACUUUGAGCAGAAGCUCCAGGAUAUUCAGGGAGAAAAGGAUGCAUUGGAUUCUGAAAAGCAAAAAAUUGCCACGGAGAAACAGGACCUGGAAGCAGAAGUGUCUCAGCUCACAGGAGAGGUUGCCAAGCUGUCCAAGGAACUGGAAGAUGCCAAGAAAGAAGUGGCUUCUCUCUCUGCUGCAGUUACUGCUGUAGCCCCUCCUAGCAGUGCUGCUGUUCCCCCUGCGCCUCCUUUACCUGCUGACUCUGGGCCUGUUGUACCCCCUGUAUCAGUCCCCACACCCCCACUUCCUGAGGCCAGGGCCAGUCCUCCUCCCCCACCUCCUGCUCCUCCUCUACCUGGGUGUGCUUUCCUCUCCCCACCUGGGGGUCCUAGCAUCCCCCCUCCUCCCCCUUUGCCUGGAGGUGUUGGCACCCCCCCCCCCUCCCCUCCUCCUCCCCCUUUGCCUGGAAGUGUUGGCAUCCCCCCGCCUCCUCCCCCUUUGCCUGGAGGUGUUGGCAUCCCCCCACCACCUCCUCCCCCUUUGCCUGGAGGUGUUGGCAUCCCCCCCCCUCCUCCCCCUUUGCCUGGAGGUGUUGGCAUCCCCCCCCCUCCUCCCCCUUUGCCUGGAGGUGUUGGCAUCCCCCCACCACCACCUCCCCUGCCUGGGGGCCCUGGCAUCCCCCCACCCCCUCCUCUCUUGCCUGGAGGACCAGGAGUGCCGCCUCCCCCUCCCCCUUUUCCUGGUGGAAUCCCCCCACCCCCUCCAUUUCCUGGAGGCCCUGGCAUUCCUCCGCCUCUCCCUUUUGGAGUUCCUGCAGCCCCAGUUCUGCCAUUUGGAUUAACCCCAAAGAAACUUUACAAGCCAGAGGUGCAGCUCCGGAGGCCAAACUGGUCCAAGUUUGUUGCUGAGGACCUUUCCCAAGACUGCUUCUGGACAAAGGUGAAGGAGGACCGAUUUGAGAACAGUGAACUUUUCGCCAAACUCACCAGUACCUUUUCUGCCCAGACCAAGACUUCAAAAGCCAAGAAGGAUCAGGAAGGUGGAGAAGAAAAGAAAUCUCUGCAAAAGAAAAAAGUGAAAGAAUUAAAGGUGUUGGAUUCCAAGACAGCCCAGAAUCUCUCAAUCUUUUUGGGUUCCUUCCGCAUGCCCUAUCACGAGAUUAAGAAUGUCAUCCUGGAGGUGAAUGAGGCUGUUCUCACUGAGUCCAUGAUCCAGAACCUCAUUAAGCAGAUGCCAGAGCCAGAGCAGUUAAAAAUGCUUUCUGAACUGAAGGACGAAUAUGAUGAUUUGGCUGAGUCAGAGCAGUUUGGUGUGGUGAUGGGUGCAGUACCCCGCCUGCGGCCUCGCCUCAACGCCAUCCUCUUCAAGCUGCAGUUCGGGGAGCAGGUGGAGAACAUCAAGCCCGAGAUCGUCUCGGUGACUGCCGCGUGUGAGGAACUGCGAAAGAGCGAGAACUUCUCCAGCCUCCUGGAGUUAACCUUGCUUGUCGGAAACUUUAUGAAUGCUGGCUCCAGGAAUGCUGGUGCUUUUGGCUUCAACAUCAGCUUCCUUUGUAAGCUUCGAGACACCAAGUCCACAGAUCAGAAGAUGACGUUGUUGCACUUCUUGGCUGAGUUGUGUGAGAAUGACCAUCCUGAGGUCCUGAAGUUCCCAGACGAGCUUGCCCACGUGGAGAAAGCCAGCCGAGUUUCUGCUGAAAACUUGCAAAAGAACCUAGAUCAGAUGAAGAAACAGAUUUCCGACGUGGAACGUGAUAUUCAGAAUUUCCCAGCUGCCACAGAUGAGAAAGACAAGUUUGUUGAAAAAAUGACCAGCUUUGUGAAGGAUGCACAGGAACAGUACAACAAGCUGCGGCUGAUGCACUCUAACAUGGAGACGCUCUACAAGGAGCUGGGCGAGUACUUCCUCUUUGACCCCAAGAAGGUGUCUGUGGAAGAAUUCUUCAUGGAUUUGCACAACUUUAAGAAUAUGUUUGUGCAAGCUGUCAAGGAGAACCAGAAGCGGCGGGAGACAGAGGAGAAGAUGCGGCGAGCAAAACUGGCCAAGGAGAAGGCAGAGAAGGAGCGGUUGGAGAAGCAGCAGAAGAGAGAGCAACUCAUAGACAUGAAUGCUGAGGGUGAUGAGACGGGUGUGAUGGACAGUCUUCUGGAAGCCCUGCAGUCAGGCGCAGCAUUCCGACGGAAGAGAGGACCCCGUCAGGGCGUCAGGAAGGCAGCGUGUGCAGCCACAUCCCAGCUAGUCUCAGAGCUGACCAAGGAGGAUGCCAUGACCUGUGUUCCCGCCAAGAUGCCUAAGAAGAGCGAGGAAGUCCCCACCAUCCUUGAGGAGACCGCAGAGUUGCUUGGCCGUGCAAGCUAAGCCAGGUCCUGGGGCCAUGGCAGCUCCUCGGUGGAGCCCCAGACUGUCCCGCCUGCAGCAUGUGCCUGAAGGGUUGCAGAGGUGUCCUCUGCGGUGGCUGCUCCCAUCACCCUGAACCCACCUUACUCUCCGGCAUGCUGCUCUCUGCCCAUCGCACACAGCUUCAGCUGCCUGGAGGCCAGAAGGAAAGGGCAGUGUGGGACCCGAGCCCAACCGGGGCGGUCCUGGCUCUUGUUACCAAAGCAGGCUCUGUGUUUGCUGCCUUAACCCCAAGUGUCUCCACUGUUCUCUGGGGCCUCAUCUCAGUCAAGGCCCACCUGCUUUCUCAGCCCCUGCCUCUCCAGUGGGCUUUGCCUAGGUCAAUCGUGCUGGGUUUGUGCUUUUCUCUUGUGUUUUCUCUGGUCCUGAGAGCAGCAUGGGCUUAGGAACCUCUGGGCUCCAUCCCCCCAGCUCUGCUCUGCCUGCCCCGGCUCCUGUUGUCUAUUACUGGUGGGGAGGCACCGGGAGGUGCUUCCAAGGAAGUGGGAGCAGAUCCCCCUCCUACCCCACCAUUUGAGAAAUACCUCCCCAGACAAGGAGGACCUAGACCACUUUUACCUGUCCUGCUGUGGCCUAGGCCAGGGCCUGGGGGCGGGCGGGCCGGGUGGGGUGGAGCCACCCCCAGCCUGCUGCCAUGCUGUGCGCCCUGGCCUCUCUCGACCCUCCCUCUAUACCAGCCCCUGGCGGCUGAGCCACGGGCCCUCCUCACGCCCUCCCCAGAGCUUUGGUCUCAUCUGAAAGUGUGGGCUGUACUGUGACCAUCCCCACACCUUACCCUCUGUCUCCAAGGAAAGGGGAGGUAGAGCCUCCUGGUUGACAAAUUGUUUUGCAAAUGGAUCUAUUUUUAUAUGAAUUUUUUUUUUUUUUUAAGAAAAAUAACCCUUUCCCCUUUCCCCUCCAUAAUGUAAGAGGCUUUGAUGGCAGGUUCCAGAGUCCCUGGGAUUUCUCACCACAAGCCUCAGUUCUGAGCAAGCCCCCUGGACCUCCACUCAGCCCUUAAGCCUCUGGGCCCUCGAUGCCAGUGCAGACUCUCACCCCCAGCAUCUGACUCGGGGGCCAGAGGCGGCUCUUCUCUGGUUGAGCUGGACCAGGCCUAAGAGUAAUAGGAGCUCUCAAACGACAAAGAGUUUUUAUAAAUUUAAUAUAUUUAUCAAGCCAAAUGUGCAGAUGCUAACUGGACGCUCUGGAGAAGUGGGCCCAGGGACGCCCCACGCCUGUUCUCUCUUCAGCAGUGGGAAGGCCACAUGCUUUGGUGGCCACAGCCACAGGAAGCUCAGAUUCUCUGGCUAAAGGUAACACUUUGCCCUCCUGUGCUCCUCUCAGCUUCCCACCCCAGGUAGGGGGCGAGAAUGGCACUGGCAAGGCCUGGCCCCAAAGUAUAGUUCUUAGAGCAAGGGGAGCUUAGGAGACCUCAGGCGCCUCCAGGGAGGCCUUGAGGUUGGGCAGAAGGGUUCUGGUUGCUAGAGCCUGUGUGCAAAGGGGCACCGGCAGCCCCCCUGAGCUAGUGCUGGGAAGACUAUGGUGGGGGGAACCUGCUACUCCCCUCAGUCCCCUCCUCCCUGCUGACAUCUGGGGCUUUGACCCUUUCUUUUUUAAUCUACUUUUGCUAAGAUGCAUUUAAUAAUAAUAAUUAAAAAAAAAGGGACAAAAUGCAAACCUGUUUCCCUCACCUUUUGGGCUUCUGGGAUGUCAUCACCUCCAGUUUGUUGGGUUUGUUUCCAACUGUUAAUAAAGCAUUGAAACAGCC